UCUCUUUCUUACUUGUAGUCUGACACACUGCCUUCGACGGCGGGAGGGGUGGACUUGGGUAUCGAAGAUCCGAGCUCAAAUCUGAGCUUCUGGGUUCUUCACUGCAGCAAUGGAGUCUCUUCCGGAUGCUAUUCUUCAAUUCAUCAUGUCCCAUAUCAAUAAUGCCCGAGAUGUAGCAGCCUGCAGUUGUGUUUCCAAGAGAUGGAAGGACUCGCUGCCUUAUAUCAAAACCCUUUACUUCCCUCGCAAUUCAUUCGACAACAAUUCUGGUGGGGAAACACCUGACAACAUUGUAAGGAGAAUGAUAUCACAAAUUGUGCAAUUGGAAGAGCUAGUUGUGUAUAGCCCUUUCUCUUGUGCUGGUCUUGCGUCCUGGCUAUCACUUGUAGGUCUAUCUCUUCGCCAGCUGGAGCUCCGAAUGGACAAUAUUCUUGACACUCAGGCUUUGAAUGAGAACCCAUCAAAGUUGGACUGUGUGGGUGCAGCAAGGAAUUUGGAAUCUCUAAAACUAUGGGGUGUGUUAAUGGUCAAUUCCCCAAAAUGGGAUGUCUUCCAAAACCUCAAGAACCUUGAAAUAAUUGGUGCUAGGUUGGAGGAUCCUGUGCUGAGUGUGGUGCUUCGGUCAUGUCCCUAUCUAACUAGGUUGUUACUGCUUGGAUGUGAAGGAGUUAGAUCAGUCUCAAUUGAUUUGCCUUAUCUAGAGGAAUGCAAAAUGGAUUUUUAUGGUUUGGGGAACAUUUCUCUUAGUCUAAAAUCCCCAAAGAUCGAAUCCCUUGAGGUACAAGGCUGUAGUUGGAUCCGGGUACCUGAAACCAAUCAUUUGAGGAAUCUUUCAAUUUCUAACAAUGCAGGAAGAGUAUACAUGGUUGAUUUUGGAAAACUCACGGCUCUAGAGUCUUUGACUAUGAGAGGGGUCCAGUGGUGCUGGGAUGCCAUAUGCAAAAUGCUGAAACUGUCAAGUGAAGUGAAGCAUCUCUACAUGAAGGUUGAAUUCACUGGUGAUUUUGAGGCUCUUCAACCGUUCCCAGAGAUUGAUUUUGUUGACUUCUUCAACAGCCAUCCCAAACUGCACAAAUUCGACAUUCAUGGAGCCAUGUUUGCAGCUCUUUGUCAGAAAAACAGUCUGAAACAUGUGGAUUCUGGAUUCAUGAUUCCAUGUUUGGAGGACGUUGUCAUCACGGUGAGAUCACCACUGAAUGCUGAACAGAAAAUGAGCACUCUUGAAUCCCUUCUGAAAUAUGGGAAGAGUUUGAGGACUAUGGUUAUUAAGAUUCUUCAGAUGAAAAGCAGCCAUAGUAGUGCAGAUGAUUUUUUUGAUGAGGUUUGCAAAUUCACAUACCAGAACCACAAGAUUGUUCGAAUAGAAUAAGCUUUUUUUUUUUUUUUUUUGACUUUUCCUGAACCAUAAUUCUUAAGAGACUUCAUGUUGAUUUACAUUCUUCAACUUGAAUGCUGAAUAGAUUUAUUUAACAUUGUUGUGCUUGGAGUCUUGAACCCUUAACUUGAGAAUUCAUAGCUAUUCUGUUAGCAAAUUUGGAAAACAAAAGAUGAUCCUUUUCAUCUGUGAUUUAGUGCUGCUA